UGCACACGUGUCGACAAAGAAACCAGGCGAACUCUCUCUUUACGUUUCUCGAAAAUUUUCAACUCAACAAAACUCUCCCAACUCCUCUGUUUCUCUCUGUCCUACACUGUCUUGUGCUUUUUGUUCACAAUCGUUCUUGCAAAAGUUUACCUUUUUAAGGAUUCUGCUGAAAAAAAUUAAUACCGGGACUCACUCUUUGCUUCUGGGUAUUCUUAUUUUUAAACACAACUUGUCGAAUUCUGCAGCUGAAAGCUAUAUCAUAUUGCAGUACUUUGUUGAAUCCCGGAAAAGGUAUCAAAGUGUUACGCAAUGGAUAUGAAAGGUAUAUCAUGGGUUGGAAAUAUAUACCACAAAUUUGAAGCUAUGUGUUUGGAGAUGGAAGAGGUUAUGUACCAGGACACUGUUAGAUAUGUUGAAAAUCAGGUACAGACGGUUGGUGCAAGUGUCAAGAGGUUCUACUCAGAUGUGAUGCUAGAUAUGCAUCCUCAUUGUAACAUAGAUCCCGUGAAAGUCGCAGCUGCUGACUUGUCUCUGAACCCUUAUGCUCACACUGAAAUCAAGAAGAAGCUGAAAGCAAACCUUAAAGGACACAACCCUAGGGGAAUUACUAAGAAAUUAAUUGAUGAUACUCAAGUUAUCAAGGGGAAAACCAAAAAUGGAGGAGUCUAUAGACGUCAAACUGUUGGGAUCAAAGAGAUUGUUAGAGAUAGUCAUUCUCCAUCUAAGAAGUCUGAUGCUAUCUGUCUCGUCUCAAGGGAUGCAAUCAAAUUUUCCUCAGUUUCUAAGGUUAGGGGAGAUUUUGAAGUGGCAUCUGACUGCAUGACCAUGACUUUGCCCUCGACCUCAGUUAAAGGACAUGAUUCUGUAGAAGCAACAAAGGAGGUUUACAAUCAUAUUAUGGAUACAAAUGUGUCUGCUGCUGGAAUCUCGAGUAAUGCUGCAGCUUCUGACACGAGUUUAUCAGUUGAAUCUGUUGGGAAGAGUCAACCAGAUCUCAGAAACACAGCCGUUAUUUGUGACUUGCAAUCAGACUCUCAUGCAGAUAGGCAUACGGACAAGGAGUUGGCAGGUGAGACUGGAUCAGAAAUUAGCAGUAAUACUCCCAACGCUGACGUUGCUCGUGAGGAGAUCAAUAAAUCCCGCGAAGAAAGAUCAGAUAGAUAUUGUUCUACUACACCCGAGAAGUAUGAUUUAAACGAGUCCGAUGUGGAAAUCGUAGAGCAGUUUGAUGAAUCAAAUUUGGAGGAAACAUGUGUCCUGGUUGAAGGGGGCAGGCUUCAUAUUCCUCAGGGCUCAGUCAAACAGAAGUCGUACAAGAAGAAGCUGCGGGAAGUAUUUUCUAAGAAAAAGAAGUCGACGAGGAAAGAGUACGAGCAGCUUGGAGCAUUACAUGCAGAUCAACAGACUAACGUAGAGGCUGAAGACAAGGUGAUGCAGGUUCUUGCCGCGAACGCGAACACAAAGAACUUGUCAGCUAAUGAUCAUUCUGAAUCUGAGUGGGAAAUUCUCUAGAUAUAAUGCUACUAUUAAUAGAUGGCUGUAGUGUUUCUCUUGCCAAUCAAUAGAUGGCUUUGUACAGAAAACCAAGAUAAAGAGGAAGCAGCAGAUCUUGUUAUUAAGAGUACUUUACCUCGACACAAUUCUACCUGCAGAAAGUACUGCGUUUGGCGUUCGUAGUGAA